AUGGGGGGGGGGGUUUGGUGUAACAUUUCGCGGGUUCUCUUCAAACAAAAGGUGGACGAGAUUCCUUUAAGGAAUUUUUUCAAAAGCAAGGUUGGAAAUGGUGACUCCACGGCGUUUUGGUUGGACCCGUGGCUGGGUAAUGAACCACUCAAAUUCAAGAUGCCGGAGUUAUUUAAGCUGGAGAAAUGCAAGAAUUGCAAGGUGUCGGAUCGGGUUAAAGCUCCGUUGGGAAGCAGCGUGUUUGGCCACGAGUUUGUCUGGGAUUGGAGAAGAAAUAUUUCAGCUGGGGUCGAAGUCGAUGAGUUGGCAGAACUGUACAGCAAUCUGUCACGGGUCAGCUUGGGGGACGGUCCGGAUAGGUGGGAAUGGAUUGGUGCCGAGGACAACCAGUUCAGUGUCGGAGCCGUUAAAAGGUUAUUAAACAGUCAAGGUCAGCAUAAUUCGCUUUCUUUGGUCCCUUUAGAAGAAUGUAAGUGGAUCCCAGAGAAGCUAAACAUUUUCAUGUGGAGAUCGGCGCUUAACAAAAUUGCGACUGUGGAGGCCCUUCACCGCAGAAAUAUCCAGGUGCAAGACGAUAGGUGUGGCCUUUGUAAUGAAGGGGAUGACUCGGUGGACCAUAUUUUUUGUUCGUGUUAUGUGGCUUCAGUUGUUUGGGGUUUUAUAAGCAGGUGGUGUAGUAUUCAAAAUCUAUAUUUUUUUAGCUUCAAAGACAUUAUGGAGGCCCAUAAUUUUGUUGGCCUGUUUGGGAUAAAGAAGGAAGUGUUUAAAGGCAUUAUCAGGAUUGUGGUUUGGUGUAUUUGGAAAGCGAGGAAUAAAAAGAGGUUCGAAGGAAAGGAGGCUCGCAUUGGGGACAUUAUCAACGACGUGAAAGCAUUAGGGUUUUUAUGGUUUAAAAAUAGAGGCAAAUGUAAAAACGUAGAGUGGAUAGAAUGGUGUAAAUUUGUUUUUUAG